UCUCGCGGGUGAUUGGGUGGAGAGACCCAAGUGAAGAAGAUGGCUGCGAGCAGCUCGGUGGUGGCCGUGGCGGGGCCGGCGGCCGCGAUGCCCGGCUUGUCCGCGAACGCAGAUUUCUCGGAUUUGCGAGAAAUUAAAAAGCAGCUGCUGCUCAUUGCAGGUCUUACUCGGGAGCGGGGCCUGCUGCACAGCAGCAAAUGGUCGGCGGAGUUGGCCUUCUCGCUCCCGGCGCUGCCCCUGGCGGAGCUGCAGCCGCCGCCGCCCAUCACCGAGGAGGAUGCCCAGGAUAUGGAUGCUUACACCCUGGCCAAGGCCUACUUUGAUGUUAAAGAAUAUGAUCGGGCAGCACAUUUCUUACAUGGCUGCAAUAGCAAGAAAGCCUAUUUCCUGUUUAUGUAUUCCAGAUAUCUGUCUGGAGAGAAAAAGAAGGAUGAUGAAACAGUUGAUAGCCUAGGUCCUCUGGAGAAAGGACAAGUAAAAAAUGAGGCUCUUAGAGAAUUGAGAGUGGAGCUCAACAAAAAACAUCAAGCUCGGGAACUUGAUGGAUUUGGUCUUUAUCUGUAUGGUGUUGUGCUUCGAAAACUGGACUUGGUGAAAGAGGCUAUUGAUGUGUUUGUGGAGGCUACUCAUGUUUUGCCUUUGCAUUGGGGAGCCUGGUUAGAACUCUGUAACUUGAUCACAGACAAAGAGAUGCUGAAGUUCCUCUCUCUACCAGACACCUGGAUGAAAGAAUUUUUUCUGGCUCAUAUAUACACAGAAUUGCAGUUGAUAGAAGAAGCCCUUCAAAAAUAUCAGAAUCUCAUUGAUGUGGGCUUUUCUAAGAGCUCAUAUAUUGUUUCCCAAAUUGCAGUUGCCUAUCACAAUAUCAGAGAUAUUGACAAAGCCCUGUCCAUUUUUAAUGAGCUAAGGAAACAAGACCCUUACAGGAUUGAAAAUAUGGACACAUUUUCCAACCUUCUUUAUGUCAGGAGCAUGAAAUCAGAAUUGAGUUAUUUGGCUCAUAACCUUUGUGAAAUUGAUAAAUAUCGUGUAGAAACUUGCUGUGUAAUUGGCAAUUAUUAUAGUUUACGUUCUCAGCAUGAGAAGGCAGCCUUAUAUUUCCAGAGAGCCCUCAAGUUGAAUCCUCGAUAUCUUGGGGCAUGGACCCUUAUGGGACAUGAGUACAUGGAAAUGAAAAACACGUCUGCUGCUAUCCAGGCUUACCGACAUGCCAUUGAAGUCAACAAGAGGGACUACAGAGCCUGGUAUGGCCUCGGGCAGACCUAUGAGAUCCUUAAGAUGCCAUUUUACUGCCUUUAUUAUUACAGACGAGCCCACCAGCUUCGGCCUAAUGAUUCUCGUAUGCUGGUUGCCUUAGGAGAGUGUUAUGAGAAACUCAAUCAACUAGUGGAAGCCAAAAAGUGUUAUUGGAGAGCUUAUGCUGUGGGUGAUGUCGAGAAAAUGGCUCUUGUGAAACUAGCAAAGCUUCAUGAACAGUUGACUGAGUCGGAACAGGCUGCCCAGUGUUACAUCAAAUAUAUUCAAGAUAUCUAUUCCUGUGGGGAAAUAGUGGAACACUUGGAGGAAAGCACUGCUUUCCGCUAUCUGGCCCAGUACUAUUUUAAGUGCAAGCUGUGGGAUGAAGCUUCAACUUGUGCCCAGAAGUGUUGUGCAUUCAAUGAUACCCGGGAAGAAGGUAAGGCCUUGCUCCGACAAAUCCUACAGCUUCGGAACCAAGGAGAGACUCCCACAACUGAGAUGCCUGCUCCCUUCUUCCUCCCUGCUUCACUGUCUGCUAACAAUACUCCCACCCGCAGAGUUUCUCCGCUCAACUUGUCUUCAGUCACACCGUAGUGGUUACCUUAAGUCAGCACAUUCCACUAAACCCCUUGUUAAGCUUUAAGUAAUGGCCAUGUCUGUUUUCCCAAGGACCUCAGCUCUCCUCAUUUCUACAGGUGAAAACAGGUUUAGGGAGUUAGAGGAUGUUUGUCUUUUGUUAGAAGCACUUCUAUCUUUCCUGUUCAGAGUGGUUAUAAUUCCUGACCUUUUUUCCAGAGCCUCCUCUGCACUCAUGAAAAUAUCCCUUGUAUAGCACUUUAGUACAGGCCAUCCUACAGGCAGAGUUUUAAUGCUGCCGGGAAUGAGGCAGACACUAGAUAAAUCUGGCAUUCCACCCUCUUGGGUGGAGAUGGGGAGCAGAUCAGGCAGAGGCAGAGUUCUGCAUUAGACAAAAAUGAGUUUUUAAUUUUGGAGGAUUGUUUGGGGCUGGCACUUGGGCUUAAACUGAGAGCCUCAGCUCUAACUUAGCUGUUUUGCCCAAAGCUGGCACAACUCCACUUCUGGCUGCUGGUUAUUUGGAGAGAAGUCUCUCAGAUUUGGCUGCCAUAGCUAGUGGCUGGUUCAUAUUAAGAUGUCAACCAAGAUUACAGGCAUGACCACACCUGUUUUUUUUUAAUUCCUUGCUAUUUGAGACAAGGUCUCACUAAAUUGCCUAGCCUGACCUCAACCCGGUCCUCCAGGCAAAGCUCUCAUGCUGGGAUUAUAAGUACUGGCCAGUGUCAAGAUGUGACCUUGUGAAUUGGCUGAGUAUAACCUGUAUUUUGAUGUCACUGAAUAUGUUUACAUAUAGUAGAUCUGUACAUGUGUUCUUACUCUAUACAAGAUAAUUCUUUGAAAUACCUUUGGAAAGGAGUCUUCUAGAAGCUUUCAAAUUGGAAAUGACUUAGGAUUGAAUAGAACAGUGUCUGAACUAUUGAUGCCCUUUCCUAGGGCAAAAGUAGUUCACUAUUAGCUAUAACCAACACAGGACCCUUGGAAAGAGGAAUGCAACCUUUCUCGUGCCAGUAAUGAGGCUUAAACUCAGGGCCUCACACUUAUUUGGCUUUUUUGCCCAAGGCUGGCACUGUACCACUUGAACCACUAUUCCAUUUCCAGGAUUACAGAUAAUUUCAUGGACAUUUGAAAAUAACUAUAGGUAAAAAUAAGUGUUCUUCAUGCUGGUCUUUCUCUUAUCUGUAAGAGAAUGCUUUUUUUUUUUCCAGCCUUAUCUACCUAGACAAAGUAAAUUGGAAUUAUUGUUAGGGUGUCCAUUGAGGGUUUCAGGAGGCCUGUGUGUGUGUUCAGUAGAUAAUAUGCUAUUUGUCUGUUGUAAUGAAUUUGUACAUUAGAUGCUAUGGGCUCUUCUGAGCAUAAGAUCUAGCCUUGUCUUGUUCCUUGAACGUUUUACUCCCUACUCCCCUUCUAAUGUAUGGUACUUCAUUUUGUAUUAAAAGCUUAAGAUUA